UUCUCAAGCACCGGAUAUAUAUAUUGUUAUGGCUAGUGUGGACUAAGCAAAUCUACGUCAUAUGUAUGUUAUGUAUUUUAUUAUGCUACAAUAAAAUUGUUUUAUUGUAUCACUUACCAUGAUAAUAUAUAUUAGCAUAAUAUACAACAAAUAUUUCAUAAAGUUGCGGGUAAUCUAUCGAGAGGUUAUGUUUAUUGAAGCACUGUUGCCAAAUUUAUUUGCCCAAAUGUAUUUAAACUAGACUGUAAUUAAACAGUGUAGUUGGUAAGCAUGAAGUUAACAUGGUGGUUGAGAACGCGUGCUAAGUACAAGUGUGGGUAGUUGAACUGGUAACAGAAAAGUAUAUUUUUCUCAUUUAAAAUAAAUAAAUAAGUUAAAAAAUAUAUACGAGAAAGUUCGUGCAAUAUAUAUGAAUUUUAUGUAACACACACUCUUAAAAUAUGGCAGAAUCAGUUGGACCAAUACUUCACGUAAUUGUCGUCGGAUUUCAUCAUAAAAAAGGAUGUCAAGUAGAAUACUCAUUUCCUCCUUUGGUGCCUGGAGCUCCAAAUGAGUGUCCGUUAGGUUGGAAGUAUUUACCAACUCUUGCUUUACCAGAUGGAUCUCAUAAUUAUGACGAAGAUACAGUUUAUUUUCACUUACCUAGUCUGAAUAAUCCAAAACGCACAAUAUAUGGCAUUUCAUGUUUUAGACAAAUUCCUGUUGAGAAAUUAAAAAAUCGCACAUCUGAUAUAACAAGAGGUACAGUUCAAAAAUCUGUCUGUGUAUUAAGCACGUUACCAUUGUAUGGCCAUAUUCAAGUAAAAAUGGCAUUGAUAACACAUGCAUAUUUUGAAGAAGGUGAUUUUAGUAAAGUAUCAUUAUUGGAAGAUACUUAUCAUCAUCUUAAUUCUUGUAUGAGUUGUGACAGCCAAAUACCACCACAAAUCUUUGUUGGAUUAUCUGCAAGAGAUUUCAUAUUGCAGUUUCGCCAUAAAGUUCUUUUACUAUUUAAACUGCUUUUGUUAGAGAAAAAAAUAGUUUUUUAUCAGUCGCCAGUUCAACCAUUAUGUGCUACUAUAUUAACAUUACUCUCAUUGUAUCCCGGUAUGAUAGAACAUGGUUUACAACAAGCUGCAUGUGUCAGACCAUCCAGACCUAUGUCUCCUAUUCCUACAUUUGAUGAAGAAGAAAUAUCAAUAAAUAGCAUUGAUAAUAAUUUAUCUUCUACGAAUUGUGUCAAAGAAAGCAUAUCUGAUAGAACGACAGUACAUAUUAACGGUAAUUCUGAUAGAAGUUCAUUAUGCAUAAACGAUAAUAAAGAUAUUGAAACUAUGGAAGGUAAAUGUAUGGAUGAAUUUAAAAAUAUAACAGUACAAAAAAAUAAUAAUGAAAAUGAAAAUUUAAAUAUGAAAGUUAUUGAAGUUGAAUCAGCACAAGAAUGUACCAAAUCUUAUCCAGAAGAAAAUAAUUCUAUAUAUUCUUCGAAGCAAAAUGACAAUAUACACAGGGUACAGAGUAUACAUACAAUUACAUUAAGUACAACAGACACCGAUAAUACAUUGCCACGUGAUACAAGUAAUGAUGCACUUUCUGAUGCACGUUUAACGAAUAAUAUUACUCAAAUUGCUCAUAUAAAUCCAGAACUAUGUGGUUUACCUUUAAACAUAUUUACAAAGGGUUACCUGUGUUUGCCAUAUCUAUCUUUACCAUAUUUAGAUCUUUUGGCCGAUGUUAAUGUUAGAGGAUACAUAGUAGGUGCAACAAAUGUUUUAUUUAAACAGAAAAAACAACUUAUUGAUGUAUUAGUAGAGAUUGAAAAUACGAGGAUAGAAACAAGUGAUCCAGAAUUAAGAAGACAAUUGCAUCUUACAACUGAGGAUCUAAGAUUUGCAGAUUACAUAGUCAGACAUGUAGCAGAACCACGUAAAGAUAUAUUUUUGGAUGGUGUAGGAUGGGAAGGUGGAGAUGAAUGGAUUAGAACUCAAUUUCGAGUUUAUUUGUUGAGCAUGUUGAGAACAUCUAUGCAACAAGAUACUCGUCAAUCUGAUCAUUAUAAUUCUGCAUUUAUAGCUGCUUGGCGCUUAACGAAUAACUAUAAGAUAUGGAGUAGUUCUAAUAAACCAGAAAUUAAUAAUAUAGAACCAGGUCACCCAUUUGCAGGACAACUGUCAGUACAGGAUAUGAAAUUACGAUUAUCACAGUGGUGCACUGUCACAAGCUAAAGGAGCUUUCUCUAACUGGUGGAGUACAUUAACGACAGUUCAACCAGUAGAGGAAGGAAAAAUUGCUGACAAUCAAACCUCAACUGUACAUCAAACACUUUCAAAUAUAGCUAAUAAAACUGCUGUUGAAAAUGAAGAAAUUAAUAUAUCUUCUAGUAAUACAGAUUUCGGGAUAGUUGCGGAUUAAUACGAACAGUCAUACAGGUUCCAGUUAUUUAUUAGAAUAACUAUGAAACUUACGUUUAAGGGAUCAUCUCGAAGUGACCGAUUUUGAUCGAGUUUUUCUUUUUAUUUUUUAAAUUUUUUUUUUUUUUU